CAGGAAGUGAUUUGCCCCAUUCAGCAGUGCUUUGAAAUACUGGAGCCUACCAGAUUCGAUUGAAACGGCGCUGCGGCAGCCCCUCAGAGUGACCAGACGUGAGAUCGACUUAUCCAACAUUUGCAGCUCAACAUUCCGAACUUGUGCUCUGAGACAAACGCCGUCUUCUCUAAAACAAUGGCUGAACGUCUAGAGGACUAUCUUCAUUGUCCCAACUGUCUGGACAUCUUCAGAGAUCCUGUCAUGCUGCUGCCGUGCAGUCACAACUUCUGCCGUGCGUGUCUGCAGCAGUGGAAGGACAAAGGAGAACGAUCGUGUCCACUCUGUAUGACAGAGUUUAGUUUGAUGGUUCCGCCUCCGAACUUGGCACUGAAGAAUAUGUGUGAGAACCUUUCGCGAGCCUUAGUCAAGUCAGAAGACCUGUGCAGCUUGCACCAGGAGAGACUGAAACACUUCUGUUUUGACCACCGGGAGCUCGUGUGCCAUAUCUGCAGGGAUUCAGAAAUCCACAUUGGUCACAAGGUCCGGACCCUUGACGAAAUUGUGGAAGGUGCCAGGGAAAGCCUCCAAGUUUACAACAACAGUCGAGAGAACUGCAAUGAACAGGCACAGCACAUCAAAGUCCAGAGGGCGAAUGUCGAACAAAAGAUUACGAAGACUUUUGAGGAGCUCCAUCACUUUCUCUACGUCGAGGAGGAGGCCAGGUUGGCUGCGGUCUGGGAGGAGGAUAAGAACAAGAGUCGGACCAUGCAGGAGAAGAUCAUGACUCUCGACAGACAAACACCCUCUUUCUCGAAUGUCAUCAGAAGCGCUGAGGAGUUGCUGAGGUCUGGCAAUGCUUCGUCCAUGAAGAAGUUCAAGACUGCAAUGAGCAGGAUCCAAGAGCUUCCCGAUAAACCAGAGCUGAUCAGAGGAGGUCUGCUGGACGAAGCCAAACACGUGGGCAACCUCAAGUUCAAGGUGUGGGAGCGGAUGAAGGAAACGCACCCCGACAGUCCAAUCAUUCUGGACCCCAACACGGCCGGACUAAGAAUCAAUCUGUCCGAAGAUCUGAACAGUCUGAGUUGGGACGAAGUACAGCAGGUGCGUCCAAUAAAUCCAGAAAGGUUCCAGUGGGAUUCUGUGCUGGGUUGUGCUUUGGACCCGGGAAGACACGUGUGGGACGUUGAGGUCGGAGAGAAUAAUUCUUGGGCGGUGGGGGUCAUGCAAGGCGACCCUUGCUUGCCAGAUGAAAUAGGUUUAUGGUCCAUUGAAUAUUUGGAUGGUGAAUAUAAAAAUCCCGAUUGCCAAUACGGAGAGUGGAAUCCGCCUGUCAAAGUGCAGAGGAUCCGAGUUGAAGUGGACAUGAAUAAUUGGUCAUUGUCCUUCUCAGAAGCUCUUACAAACACCCAAUUGUGGAAGCGUUCCGAUUUGCCAGACCCGUCCGGUAACACCAAAAAGUAUCCUUACUUUCGGACGGAACAUGGAAGUCCUCUAAAAAUAUUCCCCAUACCACCUUGUGUUACGACUGCCAGCAAUUAGAUGUUGAUUUUCUACCUUUUAAUGUCAUCUACAGUGGUAUAAAAAGGUAUCUGAACGUUUUGUCAUUUGUCACAUUUCUGCAUAAAAUCACCAUCAAAUGUGAUCUGAUCUUUGUCAAAAUCACACAGAUGAAAAAACUGUCCGCUUUAACUAAAACCACCGAAACAUUUUUAAGUUUUCAUAUUUUAAUGAGGAUAGUAUGCAAACAAUGAAAGAAGGGGAAAAUAAGUUAGUGAACCAUCACAUUAUAAGCGGAUUUUAAGGGGGGGGCAAACCCCAUCUUGACUCCUCCAUGCUGUCCAAUUUGAGACCCGUCUCCCACUUGUCUUUCCUUUCUAAAGUUUUAGAAAAAGUUGUUUUAAUUCAAUUGCAAACAUUUCUAGAGACAAACUCCACCCUUGACAAGUUUCAAUCAGGCUUCAGGUCCAAACAUAGCACUGAGCAGACCCGGCGGCAUGGGCGGGCAUUAGGGGGCCGUGCCCCCCCUGAGGGACGGCUGUGCCCGCCCUAGCUCGAUUAAACUGUACUGUGUAAUUUUUUUUUUUAAUCUUCCACAAAAACACACACACACGGGGAGAAUGAACCCUAUAUUCCAGUGUUUUUCAACCGAUUGUGCCGCCGCCGUGAGAGAUCGUCAGGUGUGCCGAGAGAAAUUAUCCAAUGUCGCUUUUUUUUAACAUCGUCGGGCAAAGUUGCAGUAGGAAGGAAGGAAUGGGGAAAAAGUUCUCGGUUGUGUGCAGAUGAGUCGUGUUGCGUUCAUGAACUGCUCGGAUUUCUAGGCAUCAGCCACCUUGCUCUCCGUAACAAUGUGGACCCCAGCACUUCUACUGUUCAUUAUUUGACUCGUCAAGUGUCGAUAUAUACAAAAGUGUCCUUUCCAUUUUAUCCAUAUGUGACGACCGUUAAUCCUCCCUCUUUUUUUUAUUCCAACACAUUAUCGAGGACAGCUAGGUGGGAGAUGCCUAGAAAUCCGAGCAGUUCUUGAACGCGACACGAGCGGCUAUCUAGCGCCAUGGCGCCAUACAAGCUUAAACGUCAUCUCCAAAUGAACGACCGUCGCUUCAGAACAAGUCGAUGGAUUAUUUUGUACGCCUUCAUGAAAACACAGAGAAAUGGGAAACUUUUUUGAGAAAAACUACAAAGGUAAAUAAGAACGCCCUGAAAGCCAGUUACUUUGUUGCUAAAUCCCAAAAGUCCCAAACUGUGGCAGAGACGUUAAUACUACCUGUCUGCAAAGCCAUUGUCAGCGAGACGACCAGCCCUGAUGUGCUUAAAUGCAUUGCUCAAGUCCCCUGUCUGAUAGUUUUUCAAGCCUAAUUGCUAAACGUUUCACAUUGAGUAAGUAUAAAUACUGAGAAAUUAUUUUAUAAUUAACCCUUUAAGGUCUGGGCCCAUUUUGUCUGAUUUUGCAUACCUUUAAAGUUGCCUUUAUAUUUCAAAAAAAUAAUUGUUUACGAUGGCCGGGUUUGGUCCCUUUUUUUGUGACACCUUGAACUUCAUGUCCAAACUGUUGUUUCCUUCACUGACCAAUUAUAAAUCAUCAUUUUGGGCCCAAAAAGACCAAAAAUUCCAAAAUCGUUUUGUCAAAAUUUUUAAUAUUGAUGUCCAGUUGACAACCAAACAUGCGUAACGAACUGUUUUGAAACUUUGUAAUAUUUAUUCAACAUGUUAGGAUGAACAUUCAACCAAAAAAUUUUAGAAUAAAUGGUCUUAUAUUUGACAAUUCAACAUAAACAACAGGUAUAGCCAUAGGCGUUUUUUGCCUUUAUACAUGCUCUAGUCAAAACAGGUUAUAUACAGCAGACCAAACAGUGAAGAACAGUGAAAAAACAUAUACCAUCUAACACAACAAGUGUUUAGAGGCCAUCUCUUUAUGAGUUUAGGUAUUGCGGCCCAUCACCUGAUGAAAACUGUGUACACACAAUCAAGCUUCUUGAACACACAUUUAUAUACACAUAUUGAGAAGACUGAUUGUGGGGGGGGAAAUAUAUAUAACAUUGGAAAAAAAAGUAUUUAAAAAAAAUAUUUACAGUAAACAAGUUAAUUUUUUUUCAGGCAUGCCACUCCGAAAAGCAGUUUCGUCCUGGAAUUAGACACAGGGCUACAUCACACAGCCCACACUUCCAUGGGGUGUCGGUCCUCUUUCCACCCUUCCAUUUUCAUUUCACUUUACUUUCAUUGUCACUAUAAAUGUACAUGAAGAAAAAGUCAGUAUUUGUGAAAAUAAUAAAGUAUAAAAUAUAUACAGCAAUAAAUAAUAAUGGAAAUCUAUAUGUAUGACAAUAGAAAGAAUACCAUAGCUGAAUAUGUGCUACAUCCCUAAUCUUCAUAUAGAAAGAAGAACACCACAAAUUAUAAAUUACUGCCUGGGAUACAUACAGUGCACGUACGACUUUGAUCUGAUAUGCACAUUUCAUUAUUAUAUACACAAACACACACUUAUAUUGCAUCAAAAUUAACUUUGUCUUGCAAUAUCCAAAGAAACUUUCAAAAGAAACUUUUUCAGCAUUAAAAAAAAAAAAGUGAGUUGGCUUACCUCUGCUCGUCGAUGGCGUCACCCACGUGUUCAAAUCCGUCACUAUCUUCACUGGAGGACUCUUCCGAAGAAGACGAUGAUGACGAAUUUGGACCAUCCUCUUCCUCAAGUUGAUCAAAAAGCACAAUUGCUUGCGCAAAACUUAGUUUGCCGUUCAUUCUCAAAGUCACAUAAAGUCGCUGCUCGAUCCAAACGGGCGUCGCUCGCCACCUCGCUGCUUCAGAACACUCCUCCCUCUCGUUCGGUGGAACCUCGCACGGCAGUUGUAUUUAUUUAAAAAAAAACGCAUUUUGUGCUUCCACUGUGACUUCGAAAGGGUUCGUUUGAUUUGUUUUUUUUUUUCAUGGAGCUUCCGUUUUGAAAAAGGACAAGAAAUGACGGAAAUAUAGACAUAAACAAAUGAUCCAUGCAGCGUUUUAAUGUUUUUUUGAGAGGACAAUAAAACUAUAAAACUUAAAUGACAAUAUCUCACGUUUUAGUUGGUCGAUUGACUUCAAAUAAUAACGAGAGUAAACCGCAACUUCCGCACUUUAAAACGAGACCAACCAACGGCAUGUGGGUGACGUAAUUAAAACGUGAGGGCGCUUCAAAGACGACGUGCGCUGAGGACGCGCCGGCGCGUCCUCCGACUCUCAAGGGUUAAAUAUACUAUACAGAAAGUAAUUUUGGAACAUUUUGGUGUGGUGUGCCGCGAGAUUUUUUCCAACGUAAAAACGUCCCGUGACUCAGAAAAGGUUGAAAAACACUGCCCUAGUCAUCCUAGCUUGAUCAGUUGUCAUUCAAUUCAACCAAUCAGAGCAGCGAAUGUAGGCAAUUUCUAGCCAAUCACAGAUAAGGGGGGCGGGCUGAGUAGCCGGCCAUUGUGUACUGCGAUUGGAUAGGGAUUGCUCCGGUUACAGAAAUGGCGAUUGAGCGGCUCCUCCGUUGAGAGUUGCCUCCGUUGCUAAUUCAAAUUGGAAUGGACAUCCGUGUUUUUUUCAGGAAACUAAAGACGAACUCAAGCCAUGUCAAAGACGCGGCCGAAAGUCAACAUGAAGGGAUAGUGCUGCCACCUCCUGCAGUUUCACUGACUGACACUAUCAUCAGAAAAUAUAACGGGUAAAAACGCCACUGUUAUGGCUAAAUUUACAUUGAAGAAGUGUGCCCCCCCCCCCCCCAAAAUGUAAUGCCCCCCCCCCGUAAUUUCUUUCUGCAGCCGGGUCUGGCACUGAGUCAGCACUGUUAAAAGUGCACAACGACAUUGCCCUUUCUGUAGAUAAUGGAAAUCCAGCAAUCCUUGUUUUACUCGAUCUCACAGCAGCAUUUGAUACAGUCGACCACACGGUCCUUGUAUCUCGUUUAGAACACUUUAUAGGUAUCCGUGGUAAAGCUCUACAGUGGUUUAAAUCGUACCUGGAACAUAAGACCUUCUCGGUAAUGAUUGGGGAAUUUUCCUCCUCACAAACUUCUCUGUCUUGUGGGGUGACACAAGGCUCCAUUUUAGGGCCUGUUCUCUUUGCACUUUAUCUCCUACCUUUAGGAUCAGUUAUAAAAAACAAUAAUAUCUCUUUUCAUUUUUAUGCUGAUGACCUGCAGCUGUAUCUCCCCCUGAGACCCAACGAACAAACUGCUCUCACUUAAUUAAUGGAGUGCAUAUCCGAUGUGAAGAAGUGGCUAGCGCAAAACUUUUUGCAUCUUAACGAAAGCAAAACUGAAUAUAUUACUUUUGGCACACCUUCUAUGUUAAAUGCCCUUGAGCUCAACCCUGGCACUCUGGCUCCCUUUUUUAAAACACAUGUUAAAAAUCUCGGAGUGAUAUUCGAUUGCAGGCUCAACUUUGAAAAACAGCUUAGUUCUGUUGUAAGAGCAAGUUUUUUCCAGCUCCGUCUCUUGGCCAAAGUGAAGCCUUUUCUUACUCGCCACGACCUGGAACAAGCAAUUCACGCUUUUAUAAACUCAAAGGCUGGAUUACUGCAACGCACUUUAUGUUGGUCUCCCCAAGUCCUCAAUUUCUCGUCUCCAACUUGUUCAAAAUGCUGCUGCUCGAUUUUUAACAGAUACACCUAGACGUGAACAUAUUACCCCCGUGCUAUCAUCGCUCCACUGGCUUCCAGUCCAUUUUAGAAUUGAUUUUAAACUUUUACUGUUUGUUUUUAAUUCUAUUAAUGGCCAGGCUCCUUCUUACUUAUCAGAAAUUUUAGCCAUCCGUAACUCUGGCAGGACUCUUCGCUCUACCGGCCAACUACAUUUGCAAGCCCCGAGGUCCAAACUCAAACAGUGGGGAGACCGAUCUUUUGCGGUUGCUGCACCCAGGUUAUGGAAUAGUCUUCCCCCUGAAAUCCGCACCACUACAAAUUUGGCCCUUUUUAAAUCUCGUUUAAAGACACACCUUUUUAGACUCGCCUUUCCCCAAGAUUAGCUUAGCCUGGUUUUAUUUCUUUAGGGUUUUUAAUGUUUUCGGAUUUUAUCUGUUUUAUUAUUUUAUUUGCUGUCUGACUUUAAUGGUGAUGCGUUGUUUCAUUUCUUUUUUUCUUCCUAAUGUCAUUGUAUAAUACUUUCCUGCCUUUUAUUUACUAUGUGCCAUGUUUGUCUUUGUUGUAAAGCACUUUGGGGACCUUCCGGGUUUUGUAAAGGGCUAUAUAAAUACAUUUGAUUUGAUUUGAUUUGAUUUUGGUGGCCAAAAAGUGUCAUUGCAUGUAAUUGACUUUGUUACAAAUAUACAAGUUGUAAAGCAAUAAAACUGCAACAAAAAUGAAAUGAACAAAAAAAUGUAUUUUUAUAAUCGGUCAAAAUUAGACUUGGAACAGAUCAUGUGACUAGCAACUUAGACAGUCAUUUGCUUUGCAUAUAAUUUUCAAAUAAAUAAGUAAAUAAAAAUAGGGCAGGGCAAUUUUAUUUUUGAAAUGUUUUUUUUCUUUAAACAUUUUUAUGUAUUUUUUUUGAUUGAAGCAAUUUUAUUUAUGUUUUUUAGAUUAAAUUAUUUAGACACAAAUAUCCUACCCGUAAUAUGGCCCAAACACAAAAAGGAUUGCUUCAAUCAAAGAAAACUUUUUCGAUACAAAAUUAAGUGUUCAAAUGCAAUUUUUUCAAUCUCAAAUUUUUUUUCACAUUCAAAAACUUUUCCUUGAAUUGAGGUGAUUUUUCUUUUUGAAAAUAUAUUUUUUUGAAGCAACUCAGUUUAGCAUCUUAAAAUGAUGUCGUACAUCCAUAUGAGUGAAAAGUGCUUAGUUUUCGCCACUUUUAUGGCCAAGAUGACCGCACGCAGCGCGCACUCGAACCCCCCGCCCACACCUUCGUGUUCAUUUUACUGCACAAAUAUGUAUGUGUGUCACGUGACUCAGAGUGAGUGGGCGGCGAUCGGGCCCUUUUUUAAUUGGCAAAAUGAAAAUUUAUCCGUCUGGAAAUAAAAAAAGAAAAAGCAGAAGAGGAGAAAAGGAAGCAAGACAGCGGUGAGUGUACUAUGUUACUGUAGUUUUAUGUCCUAAUGUAGUAGAAGCACUGCAGACUAGUAGUAGUAAACCAAUUAACUGCCUUAACUUGUAACUAGCUUGUUAGCGUUUGCUAACAGCAUUGCAGCAUGCUAGCGUUUCUUCAUACAUAAAGAUGUUAACUAGAACAUUAAAUCAGUGUUUAGAGUCACCAUACACACUGAUCAGCCAGACUGAUAAGAUGUUACAUGAUUCACUUCUGUGCCAGAAUGUUAUCCUUAUUAAGUAAAAGCAAUAUAACUUACCAGCUAGUCAGUAGAAUACGGUAUGUGUAAAGGUAUGUGUACUAAGCAUAAUAAUAAUAAUAAUAAUAAUCUGAAGUACAUUUUGGAUGUCAGUUUGGAUGUCGGUGGGGGGGCUGAUGGGGUGGUUUGCCCAAAGCGCGAAAGUAGCCAGGACCGCCACUGGACAAGAUAGUUGUAGAUAUCAGGGUAGCAGAUGUCAGGCAGAGAGGGCGAAGACAUCGGGUCGAAAAAUAUCGAUUUAGGCAUCAAAUAUGGAUCUGGCGAAUGGAUAGACUGAAGCUUUUCCACAUACCACCUUUUAUGCAACGUAUCCAAUGAGUUUACAGCAUCUGAAAGCACCGGGGCUUCCAUGAAUUGCACUAUGAAUUGCACGUCAAAUUGAAACCAUUGAGAAUACGGAUAAACAAAGACGGACAAUAUGGCGGCCUGUACAAAGCGACACGUCAUUCUGUGACGUUGGUGAGUAGGGUCUAUAGUCAUAGAUUGAUUUAUGGAUGGAUAUUUGAUUCAACUGA